GGCCUUCUGCGGCGUCGACUCGCUCACUCAGAGGGCGGGCACAGCAGCGGUGGAGCUGGCUCUCGUAGUCUACCACUCGCACGGCUCCUUCUCAGCCUCGCUGCUGCAACAGACGCCCUUCACAGCAUCACCGGCCGUCUUCCUCUCGUGGCUCGACGCCCUCUCCUUCUCGGGGGGUGGUGCUUCUGACGCUGCCGUGGCUGAGGGCCUCUCAGAGGCGCUGCUGUACGCCUUCACGGCCCCCCUCCCCCCUUGCACUCACGCACGUUCCCGUGCCUCCCCCGCACGAGUUACGAUCGGCAGCCCGCUCCCUCCCCCCUCCCCUCUCCUCCCUCACUGCGGUGCAUUCCGCCGACGAGGGCGGACGCGGCCACCGCGGCGCAUUCCGCCGACGGGGGCGGACGCGACCACCGCGGCGGAUUCCGCCUACGAGGGCGGACGCGACCACCGCGGCGGAUUCCGCCUACGAGGGCGGAUGCAACCACCGCGGCGGAUUCCGCCUACCAGGGCGGACGCGACCACCGCGGCGCAUCCCGCCGACGAGGGCGGACGCGACCACCGCGGCGGAUUUCCGCUGACGGACGCGCUACCGCGGGUGACGAGGCGCAUCCUUGGACGGACGCGCACCCACGGGCGACGAGGUGCAUCCGCGGACGGACGCGCACCCGCGGGCGACGAGGCGCAUCCGCGGACGGACGCGCACCCGCGGGCGUCGAGGCGCAUCCGCGGACGGACGCGCACCCGCGGGCGACGAGGCGCAUCCGCGGACGGACGCGCACCCGCGGGCGUCGAGGCGCAUCCGCGGACGGACGCGCACCCGCGGGCGACGAGGCGCAUCCGCGGACGGACGCGCACCCGCGGGCGUCGAGGCGCAUCCGCGGGCGGACGCGCACCCGCGGGCGACGAGGCGCAUCCGCGGACGGACGCGCACCCGCGAACGGACCCGGUGUCGUCACCCCCUCCCCUCCUCCUCCUCAUGGCGGACGACUCCACUCCCAUCGAGCUCGGAGCCAUUGACAAGCUCGAACUUCUCCAUGACACCACGGCCGUAAACUGGGCGUCGUUUGAAGAUACGCUUCACACACACCUUGGCUCCGUCAUCAUUCAAGAUUAUUGCCUUCUUGAUGUCGUCCUCGAGCACCCUAAUGGCCUCCCACCUGUACUCCCCCCUCCCCUUGAACCUCCUCCCCCUGAUGCCCCUCCUCCACCCGAGCCUCUUCCCGACCCCCCGCGUGCCCCAGUUCAUGAUGACAACCCGGAUCGCUGGGGGGCCAACCUGAACACUUACAACAGGCUUCGCGACACUUACACCCUCCAGCGUGAGGCGCACCGUGUUGCGGAAGCGGCACACGCUGAUGCUACUGCACGCCUCCUCUCCUACGCUCAACACGAAAAAGACUAUGCAGAGGAGCUUCGCAAGAUCCACAAGGAUGCUGCAGCAUGGCGCAUUGCUGAUCGUCGUGCACUCGCCAUCAUCUUCUCCUGCAUCCCCUCCCACCUCAAACGCGACCUUCGUCCCACCUCCUCCUCUGGACUCUGGAAAACCCUCUCCACUCAGUACGAUCGUCAGGACCUUCGCUCCCUCCUCGCCCUCUUCCGCAAAUUCCAAGACAUCACCCUUGACUCCUCCCCCACUGCUGCUGCCUACACCCGUCGCCUCAUUGACACUGCGCAACGCCUCAAUGACCGCGGCAUUGUCAUCUCUGAGUCCCUUCUUACUGCACUCAUCCUUGACUGCCUCCCUCCCACAUAUGACACCUACCGCAUCACCUUCACCUCUCGCUACCGUCAUCCUCCUCCUGUGGCUGACACCAUCGAGUGGCUCUUUGACAGCGAAGCGGACAUUCAACGUGACUCCGCCACCGUCAAUGCUGUCCAGACCCGCAAAGCUACCACAGGCAACCACAACAGCGGAACAGGUGGCGGCCCAGGUGGCGCCGGUGGUGGUGGUGGUGGACGUGGUGGCGGCCGAGGCGGAGGACGCGGUGGUGGUCGCAGUGGUGGCCGUGGCGGACGCGGCGGAUAUCCCUCACCUUCAGGCACCCUCCCCCCGUGUCAGUACAUCAUCCGCUAUGGCUCCAACAAAGGUCAGCCAUGCUCUCAGACCACUCACACCACGGACACGUGCUUCAAAGCCCUCACGGACGAGUGGUUUGCACGUGGCAACGUUGGCACUCCACCUCGCUGGAACACUGUUUUCCCACGCCCCUCCAUUCAUGACAUCCGCACCCUCCCCGCAUAUCAGCCCUCUACUCCCAACCUUCACAAUGUCCUCACUCAGCAUCUCCCAUCUCACAUCCUUCAACAAGUUCAGCAUCUUCUCCCCUCCACUCCCACCACACCCACUCCUCCCCCAUCCACACCUCCGCCUCAAGCCCCUCCCCCUCACUACCCUCCACCCUAUGCUGGCUGGCCUUACCCUCCCUACCCACCUCCUGGAUAUGGUUCUCUCAGCAGUCGCGCUCCCGUCUCUCUGCCCCUCACGGCAACCCAGCGAAGCCGAGCUGCAAUGCAGCUGUCUCCUCGCCCCGACCCUCAGCGCAGCAGAGCACCAGUGCACCUGUGUCCCCGCAUCAGCCCGACCCACCAGCGCAGCUGUCUUGCAACUUCACCGCCUCCUCUUCCUCCUCCUCUCACUCCGGACCUCAUUGAGGAUUCUCAUGAUGAGCUAAUGUUCCUCCACCUCCUCUCACCAACCGUCGCCCCAGUCAUCCGCACAAUGGCUGGCACCACUGUUCUUCUCUUCUCCACCACCCCCACCAUCUACGAACCCACCACCUAUGAGCAAGCACUUGCCUGCCUUGAUGCACCUCUCUGGAUCGAGGCCAUGGUCAAGGAGAGCAAUGCCUUCAUCAGCAACCGCUCGUUUAUCGACGUCCCUCGUCCCUCAAAGCACAACGUGAUGCUGUGCCCCACGCCAGCCCCCGCAGCCACGCCACCAGCGGGUCUGGAGCGCCGCAAGCAUGUGGUGCUAGUAGCCGCCUCGCCGCCCCACCGCCUGUCCAACCCCGUCGUCAAACCGCCCCUGCCCACCUCCACCCCUCCUGCUGCUGCUGCUGCUGCUGCUGCUGUUGGAAGUGGGGGGGGCGGCGAGGGGGCGUGGGAGGCAGCAGCGUGGUGGCUGGCGUCCGCCCCCAUGGUGGCAUCACUCUUCGCCCACCCCCAGGUGCAGUCGCUCUAUGUCACUCUCUCCCUCAUCGCUCCUCGCAACGUGCCUCAACUGAGGCAACUAUAUGCCGCAGCAAAGCGCAGCCCCAGGGCAGCGGAACCCAUGGCAGAUGCAGCGCGGCAGCACCCCCACCACGUGGCGCUCAUUGCGGAGGGCUUCCUGGAGGCACGCAGCGUGCUGCACCGCGCUCCACCGCCCAAUGAGGGCCCGCCACGUGGCGCCCAGGCGGCUCCUCUUCCGGGUGGUGGUGGUGCAGGAGGGCCUGGGGCGGGCGCAGGUGGAGGGCCAGUGGUGGCCAUGGCAGCAGCAGGUAUGGCCUGGGGCAGGCAUGGGUGGGGAAAGCGCGGCUGGGCAGUUACUGGGCGACUGCCACAACCCGGGGCGCCCAUGGGUCAGCAGCAGGCGAAGCAGGAGCCCAUGUAUCCCGCGCCACCACAACAGCCUCUUGCCCGCCCUGCUGCUCCCUCCCCCUCCCCCUCGCAACCCCUGCGCGCCCACCAGCCCCCCCCUGCUGCGGCAGGGGGUGGGGGCACUACUCUGGGCGCGGGGGGUGUGGCGGUGGGGGUGGGGGCAGGGCAACCAGCUGCCACUGCUGCUAUCACCACCGGUGCUGCUGGCGGUGCUGCUUGUGCGGUGGGAGUGGGCGCGGGGCCAGCAGCGCCCAUGCCCUCUCUCCGCACCACGAGCCCCAGCCCGCACUUCUUCCCCUCCGCCCAGCAGCAGCAGCAGAAGCCACCACAGGCGUUUCAGCAGCUGCUACCGCAGCAGCAGGCAGCACAGCAGCAGGCACAGCCGACAGGGGUGGCUGUGCCGACAGGGGUGGCUGUGCCGACAGGGGUGGCUGUGCCGACAGGGGCGAGGCUGGGAGGAGGCAUGGCAGGGCAGCACGUGGGAGCUGCGGGGAUGGGACCAGCUGGGGGUAGCGCUGCUAUGGGGGCACUGCCUGCUGCUGCUGCUGCUGGAGGGGCGGGGCGAGUGGCAGUGGGUGGUGUGGCUGGUGGGCCAGGGGGCGUGGCAGCAGCAGGAGCGAUGCAGCAGCCUGGAGUGCCCCUGCAGGCACAUCAGCAGCAGCAGCAGCAGCAGCAGCCGCCGCCUUCCCAGAUGGUUGUUGGUCCUGGAGGCCGCAUGAUGCCCCGUGCCGCACCUAUAGGCAUGGCAGCAGCAGCAGCAGGAGCACCUGCAGCAGGUAUGGGUGCAGCCAUACCAGCAGCCGUUCCCGGACCUCAGAUGGCCAGGCCUGGAAUGCCCAUACCUGCCGGAGGCCCGGGAGGAGCAGUUGUUGGCAUGGCAGGUCGCGGAGGACCGGGCUUGGCUGCUUCUCAGCCAGGCCUUGCCCGUGGGAUGGCACCAGGUCGGGGAGCAGGCCCGGGAGCAGGUCCGGGAGUAGGCCCGGGGGCAGGGUACAUGGGGCGAGGAGGUCCGGGAGUGGCAGCAGAGGUGGUGGGGGAGUCAGGGGGGGGUGCAGCAGCAGCAGGCAUGGGCGGGCGGGGGGUGAGCCUGACAGUGACAGCGCAGCAGGGCAGGCCGGGGCAGGCAGCAGUGGUGGGCGGUGGGGCGGGCAUGGGGAUGGGGAUGGGGGGAGCAGGGGGAGCAGCAGGGGGGCCGAUGGUGGGGGGGCAGGCCGCCAUGGCAAGGCGUGUGGUAGGGGGCGUGGUGGGGGUGGGUGGUCCCAUGGCAGGGGCAGUGGGAGGAGUGGUGGGAGUUGGUGCGGGCAUGGCAGGGGCGGCAGGGGGUGGAUCAGCUGGUGGUGCUGGCGGGCAGAUGGGCCAGCGGCCUCCCCUGCUGCAGCAACAACAACAGCUGCAGCCACAGGCACAGCAGCAGCAGCAACAGCAGCAGCAGUUCCAGGCUCAGCAACGACCAGCACAGCCGCAGUUUCAGCAGGUGCAGGCGGGUGGAGGGGCAGGAGGAGUGGGUGGAGUGGUGGGGGGCCAGGCAGGGGGUGUGCAGCGAGUGGGUGUGGGGCAGGGUGUGGCAGGGCCGCAGGCUACAGUGGCAGGAGUCGCUGCCGCGGCAGCAGCAGGUGGGCCAGCAGGCGCAGUGGGAGGAGCAGCAGCAGCAGCAGGGCCUGGGCAUGCCAUGGCCGCCCGCCCGCUGCCUCACGCGCCUGGCGCUGCUGCCCCUGCUGCUGCCAUUGCUGCUGCUGGUGGGCCGCAGCCCACUCCCGCUGCUCCUGCUGCUGCCGCCCCACCUGCUGCUGCUGGCGCUGGGGCAGGGACAGGGGGCGUGAGGCCGCCUGGGCAGCCCCCGCGGUACCUCAAGCUGUGGGAGGGCACGCUCAUGGGCCAACGCAAGGACAAGUCUGUUGAGAUCUGCCGCAUGGAGGGCUACCACCAAGCAACAUCUCCUCCCAACCUGGCAGCAGACUGGCCGGACACCAUGCAGAUAGUGCGGCUGGUGUCCCAGGAGUGCAUGAACAACAAGGAGCUAGCAGGGAAGGCGGAGCUGCUGGUGUUUCGGCCCAUGUCAUCGCACGUGUUCCUGCAGCAGAUGGCUGAGAAGAAACUCUGCACCGUCAUUCAGCUGCCAUCUCAAACUCUCCUCCUCGGCACCGUACCGGACCGAUCCAGCCGCCUUGUUGGCAUGCUUUUUCCCAAGGUAGAUCACCCUUAA